CCAUCUCCUGCCUCUCAGUCUCUCUAUAUUUUCCUUUUCUCUUCUCCUUUUAUUGGACUUGUAUAACCUAUACUCUAUCCUCUUUCUGUUCUUUGUAUGCAUCUCGUCAUCGUUGCCAGCAGCGAGCUCACCGUUUCCAACAGGUUUCAUCUUCAUUCAUCUUCUGAAUCAUGAAUCCAAUGGGCAUGGGAGGUGCGGCUGAGGCUCCGCGACGCGCUCAUCUCUACGUCGGAAACUUGAGCCCUCGAGUCACCGAGUACAUGCUCACAGAGAUCUUCGCCGUCGCCGGGCCAGUCCAGCACGUCAAGAUCAUCCCAGACCGCAAUUACCAGCAUGGUGGCCUCAACUACGGCUUCGUUGAGUACAUGGACAUGCGCGCCGCGGAAACAGCCCUCCAGACCCUCAACGGGCGCAAAAUCUUCGAUACAGAGAUCCGUGUCAACUGGGCCUAUCAGGGGCAGCAAAACAAGGAGGAUACCUCUGGACAUUAUCACGUCUUCGUUGGAGAUCUCAGCCCCGAAGUCAACGAUGAAGUCCUCGGCAAGGCCUUUAGUGCCUUUGGGACCCUCUCUGACGCUCGUGUUAUGUGGGACAUGAACUCGGGAAAGUCUCGUGGGUACGGCUUCCUCGCCUUCCGUGACAAAACAGAUGCAGAGCAAGCCAUCGCAACCAUGAACGGAGAGUGGUUGGGCUCCCGUGCCAUCCGCGUCAACUGGGCGAAUCAGAAGACUCAGGGCGGUGCCCCUGGGGGUGGUGCUCGCCCCAGCGCUGGCGGCGGUGCCCCGGCACCUGUGAACUUCCAAGGUGGCCCACUCACCUACGAGCAGGUUCUGGCCCAAACUGCUCCCUACAAUACGACUGUUUAUGUUGGAAACCUCGUUCCCUACACAACCCAGGCCGACCUCAUCCCUCUCUUCCAAUCGAUCGGUUACUUGUCGGAGAUCCGUAUGCAGGCUGAUCGUGGUUUCGCUUUCGUCAAGUUGGAUACCCACGAGCAUGCAGCUCAAGCCAUUGUUCAAUUGCAAGGUCAGAUGGUUCAUGGUCGACCUAUCAAGUGCAGCUGGGGCAAAGAUCGGGCAGAUGGAGGAGUUGCCCAACCCGCUGGCGCAGUGAGCCCGGCGGCGGCGGCCCCCUACGGUAGCAUGCCCAUGUACGGCAUGCCCCAGCCCAACACCUACGGCCAGUAUGGCUUCCCUGGCUUCCCCGGUUUCCCUGGCCAAGCUGCUGGCGCUCCUGGCGCUGCGGGUCCCGCUUCACCCGGUAUGCCUCAAGCUAACACCGCUGCCGGUCUUGGACUUGCAGCCGGUGCUCAACCGGGUGCAGGUGAUCCCAACGCUGCAGGCCAGCAAGGCCAAGCCCAGUGGGGUGGCGCUGAUCCCAGCACCUACUACUCAAAUUAUUGGGGAGGAUACUACGGGCAACAAGUAGCUGGCCAGCAAGGCGAUGCUCAAAUGCAGCAAGGCCCGGCAUAAAAGACUUUUACGAACCACAGUUUCCGUCAUGUUCCUGCUGUUUCCGUCAUAGGCCGUCAGAGGCUGCCAGUCACUCCUUACACAUCACUGUCGUCUCUCGAACCAACUCUGCAUUGUAUCGCUUCGUUUUCCCCUCUCCUCUUUCCAUCAAUCCUCUUUUCUUCUCUCCUCUUUGCAUUCUUGAGUCUUUCGCUCUUCUUUUCUUGACGAAUUCAUUUUGUAUAUGACGUUUCUCCUUUAUUAUCCUCCAAUCUGAUCACCUCUUCUCAUU